UCCAGUAAUUAUGAAUUUUGAACCAUCAUAUGAUUUUAUGUAUUAUGAGAGUGGUAUAUAUCAUUCAGUUGCUGAACAUGAUUGGUCUACUUAAGAUCGUCCAGAAUGGGUAUAUAAAAUUAUAUUAAUAAUAAAUAGGAAAAAGUAGAUCAUUCAGUAUUAUGUUAUGGUUGGGGAGAAGAGAAUGGAGUUAAAUUUUGGUUAUUAUAAAAUAGUUGGGGUAGUUAAUGGGGAGAAAAUGGAAAUUUUAGGUAAAUAUUUUAAAUAAUAUUAUUUUUAGAAUGAAAAGAGGAGUUGAUGAAUCAGCUAUUGAAAGUAUGGCAGAAGCAGCUGAUCCAGUAAUUUAUUCAAGAUCUAAUAGUGAAUUUAUAGAAUUAAAUAAAGAAUCAAAUUUAAGAAGAAAAUGA